ACAAAAGUGGUGACAGGGUGCACAAACUUUUGCAAUCAGCCAAAACCAGGAAAUACAGCCUCUGUUUCUGCCCCGUGCCUACACAAGUUGUUUUAAGUGGACUAUUUUGAAUAUUGGAUGAUUUCUGGACACAUCUGAAGCUUGUAAACCUGCUUUAUUUAAAAUUGUUGUUUUAAAUGAUUUGAGAGUCCGGAAAUGGCGCCUUGUUUAAACAGCGCCAGGAACACCGGGGACUGGAUGAAAUGUUUACCUGAAGAACUAUGGGACAUCCCUCUAACUAACCUCGCUAUACCAGGAAGCCAUGAUGCCAUGAGCUACUGCCUGGAUAUCACCUCUCCUCUACUACGAUCUGAAUCCGAUUCCUUCAGACUCCUCGACCGAGUCUUCUACUGCUUUACUCGCCCAAUCAUUUACAAAUGGGCUACUACCCAGCUAAAAAACAUUGUACAGCAGCUGCAAGCGGGCGUCCGAUACUUCGACCUUCGAAUUGCUCACAAACAGAACGACGUGUCACGUGACCUCUACUUCACUCACGUCAUCUACACCCAAGUCACAGUAGUGGACACUCUGAACACCGUUGCCACGUGGCUCUCGGAACACCCCAAAGAAAUCGUCAUCCUCGCCUGCAGCCAUUUCGAAGGUUUGAGUGAAAAACUGCAUGAGGAAUUUAUUUAUUCCCUGAAGAUCAUCUUCGGCUCUAAAUUGUGCCCCCCUAAAGCUGAUACGACUUUACGAAGCUUGUGGUCUUCGGGAUACCAGGUGGUGCUGUCGUACGAGGAUCACGCAGCAGAACGCCAUAAAGAGCUGUGGCCCGAAAUCCCAUACUGGUGGGCGAACAAAGCCGACGCAGAAGAACUCAUCCAGUACCUCGACUCGCAGAAACGUUUCGGUCGUCCAGACGGCUUCUUUGUUGCGGGUCUGAAUUUAACGGCGGACCGAUGCUUCAUGGCCUCCAACCCGCACAUCUCCCUCCGGACCGUUACCAUGGAGCAGUGGGAGUGCGUGAGGCGAUGGCUGGAGGAUCAGAAACCUGGAUCUGACAUGACGAGCCUCAACAUCAUAGCAGGAGAUUUUAUCGGCCUGAUUCCACUGUGCUCCAUUAUCAUCGAUCUGAAUAAAAAGUUACUGAAACGCAGAAGCCCUAAAAAGGUGGAGGUAAGAACAGCUGCCUAGGUGACGGAAUAUCACUCCAUUGUUUUUGCACACCUGGAACCAUGGCAACUGGAUGCACAUCUGUCAGACAUUUUUAUUAAACUGACUUCGGUCAGAGACUUUG